AUGGAUGGACAAAUAGAGAUAGUUAACAGAACUUUAUCUCAGUUAUUACAUGUUGUAUUAGAAAAAAACUUGAGAACUUGGGAGGAUAGCUUGCCACAUGUAGAAUUUACAUAUAAUAGGGUUAUGCAUACAUCUACUGGUUAUUCACCUUUUGAAGUUGUUUAUGGUUUUAAUCCACUUACACCUUUGGACUUGUUACUUUUACCUGUUGAGGAACGUACUAGUUUAGAUGGUUUGAGGAUAAAUCCUUCUCAAAAGAGAAGGAAUGAUAGAGGCAUUAUAGAAGUGUCGAGUCAUUUUAGAAGCAUCGAGCCAUCAAAAAGAUUUGCUACACAUUCUGAUUGGGCCAAUUUAAGAAACAAAGCUAAAAAGAUACAACAGACCUUAGUUGGGCUUGUGGAGGGCUUAAAGACUAAAACCAGGUCACUCAAGGAUGAUUGGAUGCUUGAAAGAGCCAACAGAGAGGUCAAGUUGAUUCAAGCCCAAGCUUAUGCCCAGAUAGACUUUGAACAACCUAACUUUUGA